AUGACGAACUGCACUACCGAUUGGAGCAAUGUCACGCUCGCUACUUUCAACCAGACUCUACUCAAUGAUACCUCAUUGUGUACGAAAUGCACCUGUCCUCUCGUCCUGGACGGCGAGCAGCUGUCAUGGGUGCGAUACUACCCGAAUCUGGCGGGCAACGUCCUCUACGCAGUCCUCUUCGGCCUCUUUCUCGUGCUGCAGCUCUUCUUCGGCAUCUCGCGCAAGACCCGGGGAUACAUGAUCGGCAUGACCCUUGGGUUGAUUCUUGAAGUCUUGGGCUACGUCGGACGGAUUCUCCUCCGCUACUCGAUGUUCGAAUUCUCAUGGUUCCUGAUGUAUCUCGUUCCUCUCACUAUCGCCCCGGCCUUCAUCUCCGCAGCCAUCUAUCUGACCCUAUCGCGGAUCAUCACGAUCUAUGGCGCCGAGCACGCUCGCUUCCGUCCCCAGGUCUACACCUACAUCUUCAUCACCUUCGACAUCAUCGCCCUUCUGCUGCAAGCCGUGGGCGGCGCCGUCGCCUCCGUCGCUGACGCCUACUCAUCCAUGCAGGACCAGGGCGUGCAUGUCAUGGUCGGCGGCCUUGCGUGGCAGGUGGUGUCGCUGUUCAUCUUCUCGUGCCUGGGUCUGGACUUCUACCUGCGUGUGAGCCGGGCUAGCCGCAAAGGAGUCCCUCUCAACCCGGCGUUUGAUUCGCUACGCGCACAGCGGUCCUUCGAGCCGUGGUUCAUUGUUUCCCUGUCUCUGGCCGUCUUGUUUAUCUUUGUGCGGAGCGUGUUCCGGUGUGCUGAGCUACAGGGUGGAUUUGGCGGCAAGUUGGCCAAUGAGGAGAUUACGUUCAUGGUGCUGGAGGGAGCGAUGAUGGUGCUGGCUUGUGGGUUGUUGACUUUCUUCCACCCCGGGUUGAUUUUGGGGGCUAGGGAGUGGGCGCUGGCUAAGUGGACUCGCGGUGGUAAGGGGGUCUAG